CCAAGUUUUGAGCAAAGCCAUGGCUUCCAAGUAAUUACAGCCAUCACGAGUACCGCCCCCUUUGUGUUUCGAACCACCAUGAUUGGCUAUUAAAAAUCCUCCCGUCAUGGUAUUGCAACCAGACACUUGUCCAGACUCUGAUAAAAUGUGAACGUUACAAGACUACUUGCUAAAAAGUACAGUAAAUUUUUUUUCCGGUCUUAGAUGAAGUGGUAAUCCACUGAAAUUAAACUUACACGUAAUUGUGAGAUUCUUGGUUCGAAUCCGGGUCAUGACGUCCGACCUAACAAAGUGUAUCUUGGAUUUUCACAAACCGUCUCUCUCUUUGGUCUCAAAUCUGGGUUCCCUUUGAUUCUGUUCUUUCUUCUUGCUCUCAAAUCCCAAUCUUAGAAGGAUUAUUGCAUUCUAUCAAUUGUCCUAACAUCUGGAUCACGCCGCCGUCGUGAUUGGGUCACCGGUGAACAAAGUGCAUUCUACUGGUGCAUAAGAUGCAUCCAACAGAUGAAGUUGAGCUAAAGGCACCAAACUUUUCCCUUCUAAAGUCUUCAGCGAAUCCUAAAUCCUCUCCAUGUGUGUGCGCGCUGUUUAUUUACCCAAAAAACAAGGAACAAUUAGUUUUCUUUUCAAAAAAAUUUAAUAAUAAUAAAAAAAAAAUUCAUCACCAUUUUUCGUUCACGUUAUGAAUCUUAUUCUUAUUCGUAUUUUCGCACACUUCGUUUCUCUCACACUGUCAUGUUCUUCAUCUUUCACACCAAAACAAGGUUUUGUGCUUUUCAAAUUCAGUAAUCAGUCUUUAUUUAUGCUUUUGAUUUUUGAAUCUGAAACUUCAAAAUUUUCAUUACUUUACAGGUUUCUACUUUGUGGCGGCUCAACAGGUUUAUACUAAUUUGCAUUGUUUUUUUCAAUUUUGGUGAAAUUUGAUUGAAGAACUAUGCAAAAGGAUACUACUACUACUAGUUCUACUGCACCAACUAAUACCGGACGAAUUAAGCAUCGAAAACGCUCUAAUGAGGUUAUUCCAGAAGAUGGUAAAGCGAACGGAGGGAAGUUACUUGUUAAUGAUAAAAGCAAAUACAAGUCCAUGUUAAUUCGUGCGUAUUCUUCCAUUUGGAUGAUUGGGAGCUUUGUGUUGAUCAUCUAUAUGGGUCACCUCUACAUUACUGCGAUGAUUGUUGUCAUCCAAAUCUUCAUGGCAAGAGAACUUUUCAACCUACUCCGUCGAGCUCAUGAAGAUAAGCAGCUUCCGGGAUUUAGGCUAUUAAAUUGGCAUUUUUUCUUCACUGCAAUGCUAUUUGUUUAUGGACGUAUUCUGAGUCAACGCUUGGUUAACACAGUAAAUUCCGACAAGGUUUUAUAUCGGCUUGUGAGCAAUCUUAUAAAGUAUCAUACGGUUGUCUGCUACUCCCUGUACAUUACAGGAUUUAUAUGGUUCAUUCUCACAUUGAAGAAGAAGAUGUACAAGUACCAAUUUGGCCAGUAUGCUUGGACACACAUGAUUCUGAUUGUUGUAUUUGGGCAGUCCUCUUUCACCGUGCCAAGCAUUUUUGAAGGGAUUUUCUGGUUUCUUCUUCCGGCAACGCUUAUUGUCAUUAAUGACAUUGCCGCUUAUUUCUUUGGUUUCUUCUUUGGAAGAACCCCUUUGAUUAAGUUAUCUCCAAAAAAAACAUGGGAGGGUUUUAUUGGAGCAUCUGUUACAACCAUCAUAUCUGCAUUCAUGCUUGCUAACAUCAUGGGUCGUUCUCAGUGGCUGACAUGUCCAAGGAAGGAUUUGUCAACUGGUUGGCUUGACUGUGAUCCGGGACUACUGUUUAAGCCGGAAUCUUACUCAUUGUUGGGAUGGACUCCUCACCGGUUUCCUUGGAAAGAGAUAUCAAUCCUACCAGUUCAAUGGCAUGCUCUAUGUCUUGGCUUGUUUGCUUCAAUUAUCGCACCUUUCGGAGGCUUCUUUGCAAGUGGAUUCAAAAGGGCUUUUAAAAUAAAGGAUUUUGGUGAUAGUAUUCCAGGACAUGGUGGACUUACUGACAGAAUGGACUGCCAGAUGGUUAUGGCCGUGUUUGCGUAUAUUUAUCAUCAGUCAUUUGUUGUGCCGCAAAGUUUAUCGGUUGAAAUGAUUUUGGACCAGAUAUUGAUGAACCUAUCAUUCGAUGAACAAGAAGCUCUGUAUAGGAGGCUUGGGGAAAUGUUGCAACAAGGAAUUCAAAGGAUGACUUAGAUUCAUUGCAAGGUGUAUUUGUCCUUUCUCCUUCUACUCGAUUCCUUCAUUUACAAGGAAGAUGGAAGAAGAUACUUUGUAAAUGUGUGUUCUAUCUAUUGAGUGAAAGGAAUCAAAGAUUUAGGAACCUAUCAAGAUCUGUACAGUGUGUAUCUUGACAGUUAAAAUAUGGCAUUCUGUUUCUCUCGCUACUGUUCUCGAAUAUUUUAUUGAUUGCUUUACUUGAACAGCCAUUGCUAA